AUGCACCCGCCGCCCCGGGCCGCGCUGGGGCUCCUGCUGCUGCUGCUGCUGCUGCCGCCCGCGCCCGAGGCCGCCCGGAAGCCGACGCCCUGCAAGCGGUGCCGGGGGCUGGUGGACAAGUUCAACCAGGGGAUGGUGGACACAGCGAAGAAAAACUUCGGCGGUGGGAACACAGCUUGGGAGGAGAAGACGCUGUCCAAGUAUGAGUUCAGCGAGAUCCGCUUCGUGGAGAUCGUGGAGGGUCUGUGCGACAGCAGCGACUUUGGGUGCAACCAGAUGGUGGAGGAGCAGGAGGAACACUUGGAGGCCUGGUGGCUGCAGCUGAAGACGGAGUACCCUGACCUGUUUGAGUGGUUCUGUGUGGAAACGCUGAAAGUGUGCUGUUCCCCAGGCACCUACGGGCCCGACUGCCUCGCGUGCCAGGGCGGGUCCCAGAGGCCCUGCAGCGGGAACGGCCAUUGCAGUGGAGACGGCAGCAGAGAGGGGGACGGGUCCUGCCAGUGCCACAUGGGGUACCAGGGGGCACUGUGCAUCGACUGCGUGGACGGCUAUUUCAGCUCGCUGAGGAACGAGACCCACAGCGUCUGCACAGCCUGUGACGAGUCCUGCAGGACCUGCUCGGGCCCGACCAACAGAGACUGCGGCGAGUGCGAAGUGGGCUGGGUGCGCCAGGAGGAUGCCUGCCUGGAUGUGGAUGAGUGUGCGGCAGAGACCCCGCCCUGCAGUGACACGCAGUACUGUGAGAACGUCAGGGGCUCCUACUCGUGUGAAGAAUGCGAUGCUACCUGUGUGGGCUGCACAGGAAAAGGUCCAGGGAGGUGUAAAGAGUGUGUCCCCGGCUACACAAAGGAGAGCGGGCAGUGCACAGAUAUGGACGAGUGCUCACUAGCGGAAAAAGCAUGUGCAAGGAAAAAUGAAAACUGCUACAAUACUCCAGGGAGUUACGUCUGCGUGUGUCCUGAAGGCUUCGAAGAGACAGAAGAUGCGUGUGUGCCGAUGGCAGCAGGCAGCGCCCCCUCCAUCCACACGGCCCCAUCCAUGCAAAUGUCACCACCCAUCCUGCUGGUGCCUCACUGCCCUGUGCUGGCCCCUGCACUGUCCUGGCCCUGA